AUGGCAGGCAAGGCUGCAAUGGCUGGUGCAGGGGUGUCCAGAGGAGGGCAGCAGGAAGCUGGGCCCGCACCAACCCCUCCCUGUACCCCACAGGCGCGGGCCCAGGCGGAGGCCCUCCGCAUCAGUGAUGUGCACUUCUCUGUCAAGCCAAGCGCCAGCGCCUCCUCGCCCAAGCUGCACUCCAGCGCAGCCGUGCACCGGCUCAAAAAGGACAUCCGCCGCUGCCACCGCAUGUCCCGCCGCCCCCACCCCCACAAUCGCAAGGUGAAGCCUCGGGAGCCCAAGCGGAACCGCAUCAUCCUGAACCUGAAGGUCAUCGACAAGGGCACAAGUGGAGCGGGCGCUGGGCAGGGCACUGGAAACCUGGCCCGCCCCAAAGUCCCCUCUCGGAACCGCGUCAUCGGCAAGAGCAAGAAGUUCAGCGAGAGCAUCCUGCGCACGCAGAUCCGCCACAUGAAGUUCGGCGCCUUCGCGCUACAACUCGCGGCCCCCGCUGCCUCCUAUGAUGCCCGCAGCUCCAGCUCCUCCGGCUGCCCCUCGCCAGCACCACAGUCCUCCUCUGACCCUGACGACUCACCCCCCAAACUGCUCCCCGAGACCAUGAGCCCAUCUGCCCCCGACUGGCAAGAGCCGGAGGUGCUCGACCUGUCCAUCUCUCCCGAGUCAGCAGCCACCAGCAAGCGAGCACCUCCCAACGCCACUCCAUCUGCCAGCCAGGAGCCUCCCCCCGCCCCCGAGCCCGCGGGCACCUCCUCUGAGCCGGAGGCUGGGGACUGGCGCCCUGAGAUGUCACCCUGCUCCAAUGUGGUCGUCACCGAUGUCACCAGCAACCUCCUGACGGUCACUAUCAAGGAGUUCUGCAACCCUGAGGAUUUCGAGAAGGUGGCUGCGGGGGUAGCAGGCUCCGCUGGUGGGGGUGGCAGCAGUGGGGUGAGCAAGUGAGGGGGCUCCAGCAAGGAGGAGGCUUUGGGGGGCCCUCCUGCCAAAGGCCACACUCUUGCUCCCACCCCCACCCUCAGACACCCGCCUGUGCUUUGCUUGUAUCCAGUGGCUCAUUGUUAACCCUGGGAUGGGUUGGGCAGUUGGAACCCCUUGCAGCCCAGUGGGGUCAGUCCUGGACCAGAUUAGGGCUGGAGUGGGGCAGAGGCACUGGGAAGUCCUCUUGUCGUUGGCCCUCUCUCCCCAUGCACAGUGGGGCCCACUGGGUGACUCCUGGGGAGCCCCAGAACCCGGGGUUCAGCUGCCUCCACAUCCUGCCCUGUCUCCCCAGCUUGCUUCCAGCUCGCGCGCGCACAGCAUCUGAUCUCUCGGUGCUAACCGGGCAGCCGGGGGGCCCCUGAGGAGACCCCCUCCCAGCAUGGGCACCAUUCCUCUCCUUCCUCCAGGUGCCGGGGCCGGAGGGGCAGGGAUGACAGAGCCCAGGCAGGUUGAGCCCAAAGAGGGUGGCAGUGCCCAGAGCAUGGGUCUGCCCACUUCUGGAGGAGACAAGCGCUCCUUUAGGCCCCACCCACCUCUCUACUAACCCCCGUCUGGCAGGUGGGGGGAGCUGGCAGGACCUCACCUGCCACAGCCUCCCAGCAUCGAAAGGCUCUUCAGUUCACGACCAAAGGUGCUACCAGAGCCUGCGCGGACACUUCCCGCCGUGCGUGUGCGCGUGCGUCUGCAGCCGCUUGCUGUGUGUGUUUCCGUGUGCAGCCGGCACGGGGUCCAGGCUUUCCAGGCGGCACUCUUGAGGGUUCCUCAGAAUAGGGUCGUCGAAGGCCUGGACCUUCCCUUGCUGGCAGCGGGGCCUGUGGAGGCCGCCAGGCCUAUCCUCCCGGCCUGGGGGUGCUGGGGGCGUGCAUCCCCGUGCCCGUCUCCCGUGGGGUGGUCAGCCGGACCAGCCAGGCCUCUGUGGCUGCGCACAGGGCAUGGUGGGGCCUGAAGUCGCGAAGGGAGACCCCGUCCGAGCGUCCCCUUGCUCCUGGGUGCUGUGGGGAAGGAGGAAGCCUGGAACUGUUCUCCGGGGUCUCCAGCUUCUCGCCCCCUCUCGUCUGCUUCUGGCCGCUGAGGCUUUCUCCCGGCGCAGCCUGCUCGAAGCAGCGGGAGCCUCCUGUGCCCUGGGCAGCUUUCUCUCCCUCUGCUGCCAGGGAGCGGAGGCAUCCCUGCCAGUGGCAGAGACCAAAGCCCCAGCUUUAAUCCAGACACUGGGAGGACAGGCAGGCCAAAGUGGGGGGCCAAGGAGGAGGCCUGUGUUCUUCAGAAGAGCGAGGGUUUGCAGGGCCAGGGGUCUGGUGCGUGGGGGGUCGGGGGCAGCCCUGGGCCAUUGGCUGUCUCGGUUUGGCGUGAGUGGCACGCCCUGUGCCCUGCGUGAGCUCGGUGUGGCUCCCCGGUCUGUGCGGUGAUGGUGUCAGCUCAGAGCAUGAUGGCAGACGGUAGGAGGAGGCAGAGGGAUCCAAUUAGGGAACAGGAAGUGUGGGAGGACUCUUUCUUCCAAGUCUCCCACCAGGGGCUGCAGCCAGGCCUCCGGCCCUCCCCACCCCAGGGUAUAGAGCGAGGGCCCUCGGAGGGUUUGGGGGGCUGGCACUCCCGGACCCUCCCCACCUGCCCUUUGUGUUGGCUCUGUGGCUGUCCAAGUGCCAAUUGGCUUCCCCCAAAUAAGGGCUGGUUUUCUCCUCUGUCCUUGGAGGUGAUCCCCCGACCCCUCACCCCGGGUGAGCGGCCACCUGGGUGUCAGUUACAGGUGUUUCCAGAGACCAUAGAAAUGUGUUUUCCUGAGAGUCUGUGUCAUUCGUGACUUUUUGUAAAGAAGUUGUGUUUUCAGAGGUGAUUUUAUGACAGGAAAGUGAAAGAAUUAGUUUUGCAAAAAACAAAAAAGAGGAAAAAAAAGAAAUAGAAAAAAAUAUUGUGGGAUUCCUAUGGGGUUGGGGAGGGAGGGGAGAAGAGAUAUUUAAAGAAAAACUGGUAACGCAGUGAUUGCACAUUGAGGUGGCAAUGUUAGGGCAGGAGUGGAGGGCUGCCGGGCUGGGGCGGCUGCCUGCCUUCACGGUGAGGCAGAGAGAGCCCGCCCCGCCCUGGCCCAGACCCAUGCCUGUCCUCGCUCCAAGGAAAGGAUGCUGGCUGGUUCCAAGGGAACUAGCCGGAAGCUGCAGGGCCACGCACAUGGAGCUGAGAUUUGGGGAGGUGGGGCAGGCAACAGGGCCCACCGUCGCGGGGACCCGUCGUUGGUGACUUUCUCCAGGAAGGCUGGUGAGUCAGUGCAGUUGGGUUUCUUGCUCUCCUCCGUUCCUUCCUUAUUGGGCCAUCUGGUCCCUCCCACCGCCACCCCAUGGGGGACGUCUCCCUCCCCGUCACCCAAAGACCAGGACCUCCUGUGUUCCCCUGGCCAUGGAGGGGGACCAGGCUUCAGGAAGACAGGAGCUGCGGACUUGGGGAGACUUAGGUGGUGACCCUAAGGGGUUGGGGGUUAGCAUGGAGAGAAGGGCAUGCCCACCCCUUCUCUUUCCACUGGUGGAUGGUUGCCACCCAGACCCCUAGCCUUGCAGCCUCACCCCCCUGGGCAUG